ACGCCGGCGGUGACCUAACCCCCUAACAUGGCGGCGGCGGUAGAUUAGGGCCGCGGGUCGCAGCCGCCCGCGCCUCUGGAGGAAGGACGCUGUGGGAGACGAGUGCCGCCGCCGCCGCCGCCUCUCCCACCUCCUCUGGGCCAGGGCCAGGUUGCGCACCUCCGCCCGCAGACCUUCCUGGAGCGCCGCCGCCGCCCCAUGGCGUCCGCUGCUGCCGUGCCCGUGGGCUUCCACUACGAGACCAAGUUCGUGGUGCUCAGCUACUUGGGGCUCCUCUCUCAGGGGCCCCCGCACAGGCAGCGCCUCUCCUCGGCCCCAGGAGUUCAACAAGAUGUAGCUUCACAGUCUCUGGAUCAAGAAGUUUUAUUAAAAGUUAAAACUGAAAUUGAAGAAGAGCUAAAAUCCCUGGACAAGGAAAUUUCUGAAGCCUUCCCCAGCACAGGCUUCGACCGGCACACUUCUCCGGUGUUCAGCCCCGCCAACCCCGAGAGCUCCGUGGAAGACUGCUUGGCUCACCUUGGAGAGAGAGUGUCCCGGGAGCUGUACGAGCCCCUGCAGAAGGCGCUGCAGACGCUCCUCAGCCAGCCAGUGACCUACCAGACGUACCGGGAGUGCACACUGCAGACCACGGGCCACGCCGGCGGCUGGAACAAGGUUUUGGUGCCUCUGGUCCUGCUGCAGCACAUGCUGUCGGAGCUGACGAGGCGCGGCCAGGAGCCCCUGAGUGCGCUGCUGCAGUUCGGGGUGACCUACCUGGAGGACCACGCGGCGGACUUCAUCAUCCAGCAGGGCGGCUGGGGCACUGUCUUCAGUCUUGAGGAGGAGGAGGACCCUGGCGUCGUUGCCGAAGACAGCAAUGACAUUUACAUCCUGCCCAGCGACAACUCUGGACAGGUCAGCCCUCCGGAGUCGCCCACUGUGACCACCUCCUGGCAGGCGGAGAGCUUACCGGUUUCCCUGUCUGCCAGCCAGAGCUGGCACACCGAGAGCCUCCCGGUGUCCCUGGGUCCCGAGUCCUGGCAGCAGAUUGCUGUGGACCCAGAAGAGGUCAAAAGCUUAGACAGCAACGGGGCUGGAGAGAAGAGUGAGAACAACUCCUCCAACUCCGACAUCGUGCACGUGGAGAAGGAAGAGAUCCCCGAGGGCGCAGGAGAGGCUGCUGAGGCUCCCGGAAUCUUGUCAGCCAGGGGGCUGCCAGAAGCGUUUCCGGAAGCCCCCGUUCCCUCGCUUCCAAGGCUCACUGCCACCUCCUUGCUGCAGACGCGGGAGCCUGCAGAGGUGACUGCUGUGGGGAAGGUUAGCAUGGCACCCUCCUCAGCUGUAGAACCUGGCGAAGCAAAGGAGCAGGCGGUGCCUGUGCUGGAGCCCAAGGGAGCACUGCGGAGUGAGGGGAUGGAAGCAGGGCAAGAGGGUCUCCUGCCAGGGCCCUCCCCAAAGGGUGAGGAGAGGGCCCUGCCACCAGCCAGGGGCACAACUACGCUACUGUUUGGAGGGGCUGCCGCUGUCGCUGCCCUGGUGGUGGCGGUCGGGGUGGCGUUGGCUCUGAGGAAGAAAUAGCACAUUUCUCAGGAGAGACAGCAGGAUGUUCGGUGUUGGCUGUGCUGAGUGUGAGCCGUCAGCAGCUGCCUGCAUGACUGUGGAGCACGCUCGGGUCACCAGGCAGAAGGGUGGGGGGUGGCAGUACUCAUGGGUGUCUGACUGUGAGUCCCGAGGGCUGGGGCUCAGGCUUGACCCUGGGUCUCAGGAGCGAAGUCCUCCGUUGGGCCCUGGUUACUCAACCCCUGCACCAACGUUCUCCCGAUAACUCUUUGUUGGGGGAGCUGUCUUGCGCAUCGUAGAAUGUCUAGUACCAUCCCUGGCCUCUGCCUGCUGAGUACCACAGCACCCUCCCCUGGUUGUGACAGCCAAGUGUCCCCUGACAUCGCCAGAUGCCCUCUGGGGGUGAGACUGCUCCCCUGCAGAGCCUCAGCUUGCGGGGGGGGGGGGGGGUGAUGUUGGAAGCCUCGGGAUGGCCGUGCCCCUCAGCCACGACUGAUCCUGCCCUCAGACGCCCUCCUUCCCGACGCCCGUGCGCCCUUCUGCAGUCCUCCUCCCUGGCUCUUCUCACCUGCCUUUCGGUCCGGUCACGAGAGGGGGCUCCGCCCUACAUCUUAGGUGCCACCAGGCUCCCCUUCGCCCCAGGUGUCCUCCAGGAUCCAUGGAGAGAGCAGCUGUGUUCUGCCCCGUCCCGUCUCCGACUCUUCUCACAGCCUCACCUGGUGAAGACACUGCCCUCAGUCAUCCCUCACAGAGAGGGAUGCGUGCUCCCUCCCUGCCCAGGGGUGCUGUGCCGCGGCGGAUCACGGCUCACAGGCCCGUCCCGUGGAGCAGAUGGCUCACAUGGCCUCUGGCCCUGCAGGUGUGGCCCUCGGGCGCACAGGGCCACUGUCUGGUGCCGGGGCCUCGGACUCAGUCCACUUCCAGUCGGCCAGCUGGCUACCUGCAGUCCUCACCGACCACCCGAAUCAUAGUUCUUAUUAAUAAAUACAGAAAGUCUCCUAAAUGUCAUCGAAAUAAAAGCUAUGAAAAGAGAAGCUUGACUUUCCUGGUUACCCCCAAGUCUAGUUCGGCUCCUUCGCUGAACUCUGCACAGUCCAGUGCUGGCACGUGGAGCCAGACGGUCCUAGGUGGCGUGUGCUGUUGUGAAUCAGCAUGGUUUUCUUCCUUCUGCCAACCCCACCCCCACAGGGUGGGGAGGGGGCUCCCUCUCUGUGCCCAGGGGUCUCGGUGUCAUGAUGUGGGCACACUUGCCUGACACCAGUCAUCUCAGAUUUAUCUUAGCAAGUGGAGCACAUUACUUUUUAGAUCCUGAAAUUUGUGAUAAAAUUACCGAUCCUAAUCACCAAAAGUUGAUGUUUUAAAUAUACUUUUUUAAAUUUAUUUUUUAAAAUUAAAACUUCUCCCUAAAGCAGUACUAUGUAAAAGUUGGUCAAGCCCUGACUGGUGUGGCUCAGUGGGUUGAACGCUGGCCUGCGAACCAAAGGGUCACCAAUUCAAUUCCCAGUCCAGGGCACGUGCCUGGGUUGCAAGCCAGGUCCCCAGUAGGGGGGACGCACACUCACAUGGAGGUGUGUCUCCUCUUUCUCCCAUCCCCUCUCUCUAAAUCUUUAAAAAUUGUGUCUGCACAGGGGAAGAGCAGGCUGGUCAUUACCUUGAUUUUUCCUCCCUUUUAUAGUAAAAUAUUUACAUUAUUCACACUUUCAAACUCUGUCCUCAAGCCCACUGGCUGAGCACAUCUCAGCACUAACAAACCAGGUUCAUCUCUGAGAGCAACCCAUGGCUUAGGGUCUUUGGUGUCCCCACUAAGGCAAGGAACAGGCGGCGGGUGCCACGCUGCCCUGUGCCGCCGUAUCCUCCCGCCUGUCGGACAGUGACACACGGUCUUUGGCCCGCCGCGUUGUGCUGGGUCCUGGCAAAUGGCUCCUCCUUCCUCUCCAGUCCUGAGCUCCUGAGCAGAAACGGGGUGCACCAGCACCCGGUUCUGUCCGCGUGGCCUUACCCCCACCUCCCGCAGAGGGGGCGCCGAGAAGCUGCUCUGCAGAGCAGCUGUGAGUUUUGCUAUUUGAAGAGAAAGUCACUUCUCACCCCCCCUUUCUUUUGGUGGGAGUGGACAGUAGGCAGUAGAAAGCCAUUCCUUCUUGCCCCUACUUAAGUAACAUCUGAACCUAAGGUCAAAGGACGGUUCAGAAGAAACCCACGUGCUUAGAGAACUCAAAUGCAGAAUUAAGAUCACUGUUCAUCAUUCCUCAUUCUUCCAACUGUCUUCGUCAGUCCACAACCCUUCCUAACUGCUCUGCUGGGUGGAAGGGUUUCUGGUAGCUUGGCAAAAAGCCAGUGACUGUUUCUUGAGA